UGCCGGAGGUUAACUUAGGGACGAUGGGGUCGAACUACUUGAAGCUGACCUUCGAUAAGUUGGACGUCGGGGAGAUCAACGAGUUGGUGGCGCACGAGAGUUGCGGCGCGGUGGCGCUGUUUGUGGGGACGACCCGGGACAACUUUGAUGGGAAGGAGGUCGUCCUGCUGCAGUACGAGGCGUACGAGGCCAUGGCGCUCAAGUCGAUGAACCACAUAUGUGAGGAGCUUCGCGGCCGGUGGACGGAUCUGGUCCACAUCGGGAUUCACCACCGACUGGGGACGGUUCCGGUGAAGGAGGCUUCGGUCGUGAUUGCCAUCAGUUCGCCGCAUCGGGAGGCGGCGCUGGAAGCGGUCCGCUGGGCGAUUGACGAGCUCAAGAAGAGUGUCCCCGUGUGGAAGAAGGAACAGUACGCCGAGGGCCAGGGUUGUUCCGAGUGGAAGGAGAACAAGGAGUGCACCUGGUCAAAGGCGUACAAGGACAAUCACAUUCUUUAAAAUUGUACAUUUUUUUCAUGUUUUAUUAUUUCUGUUUGCAUGUUACUGUUGGAAAGAAGGUAAGGGAAGUCGUAGAGAAAAGUUAGCAAAGCUAGCAAAAACAAAUCGUGCAAAAUGAUGGUGCGCAAGUAGCUGCACAAACGCAAAUGUGCAGACGAUUUCACUUUUGAAAACCCUUUAUUUUUCAAAUAAUCACCAACACCAACUCCUCGUUCAUCAUUUGUUGAAGGUUUGACCAAGGUAUAUCUAUGAGAUAGCAGCUGAGUCAGGUAGCACAUCGAGCAAUAUUCAAUUAGAUAAUGUUAAGUACAUAUAUGGGGAAAGGUAGCAGCAAAAAACGCACACUCAUCAGCUGUAAACAUAGAGCUAGCAGGGUGAAGCACUUGAGAAUAAAAACGCAAUCGAAUGCAAAAUAAACUUGUGUUUCCUUUGUC